UUCUUUUUUUUUUUUUGAUGCACAGGAAAGUGACAUCUGCUUCCUUAGCAGCUCCCAUUGCUGGGAAAAUCAAUGAAUUAUCCUCGCCCCUUUCAUCGGCACAUACUUGCUGGUAUAUCACAUGACCAAUUCCAACUGUUGUCAAGCCAUCAAACGGGACACAAAGAGAUGAACGCGUUCUUCCCGGUCGCAGCCACCAACGACUCCUUCUUCCUUCCAGAAGCCAGGCUACUCCCUGGAAACUCGCCUCCCAACCCACAGUUCCACAUCCCAACCUCACCCGUUGAAUCUAGCCCCAAUUGCGUAUUUUGACUCUUCAUCUAUUUAUACACUUCGUCACUGCUUCUUUGAACUCGCCUGAGAACUCCAAGUCAUCCUCUUCGAUUCAAGCAGAGUUUAUCAUCCCUCUUUCUCUUUCUCAGGUACCCACUUUCUCCUGGGCAGGCUUUGCUUUUGUUAAUGAAUUUUGCUUCUGGUUCUCGAAUUUGGUUUACUUAGUUUAUGCUUGUAGAUCUGUUUUCGAUUCUGGGUUUCUCAUUUUGUAUGGUAGGGUAAUUUUCUUUUUAAUCUUUCUUGUAGUUCAUAUGAAUUAAAUCUUGAAUUUUGUUCAUUGUUUAAUUUGUGGGGUUUAGUCAGCGAGGGUUUUGUGGUUUAA